UAGUCUUCAUCACAUGGUGCUUCUGGAUUUUCUCUCCAUUUGUCUUUUUAUUGUCCAUCGGGUCCCGCGGAGCUCUGGUGUCCACAGAGGAGAGGAGAGGAGGAGGAGGAAACAGAAGAGGAGGAAGGAUGUUUGUGCAGGGUUUCCUUCAUCUGCUCUGAUGGUUUCAUGAGGAGACGAUGGUUCCUCUGCUUUUCUUCUCUCUGCUGGGGCUGCUGAUGGAGACAGGGGACGCCCUACAGAUUCAGUGCUACCAGUGUGAGGAGGUGAAGCACAACGACUGCUCCUCUCCAGAGUUCAUCGUUAACUGCACGGUGAACGUGCAGGACAUGUGCCAGAAGGAGGUGCUGGUCAAAGCUGACGGAGUACACUACCGGAAGUCGUGUGCGUCCUCGGGCGCGUGCCUCAUCGCCUCUUCCGGCUACCAGCAGUUCUGCACUGGCCGGCUGAACUCAGUGUGCAUUACGUGCUGCAACACGCCGCUGUGUAAUGGCCCAAAGAAGAAGCGCCUGCCGCCCUCCGCCGGGACGCCCAGCUACAGGACGACCCACCCACCCCUCCUCUUCUUCCUCCUGCUCCUCCUGCCUUCACUGGUACUUACGACGUAG